UCGAGUCUCGCAAAAAUGCUUCCGCUCUCUAAACACCGACCCUCUCUUUCUUUUCUUUUUUCACCUACGUGUGGAACAUCGCGAUUUUCUAACGUUGGUGUUUUCCUUUUUAAAAUAAGUGAAAAAUGGGUUUCGUAAAAGUUGUGAAGAAUAAACAAUACUUCAAGCGUUAUCAAGUCAAAUUCCGCAGGCGUCGUGAGGGUAAAACCGACUACUAUGCCCGCAAACGUCUAAUCUUCCAAGACAAAAACAAAUACAACACCCCCAAGUACCGUCUGAUUGUACGUCUCAGCAACAAGGACAUCACUGUCCAAAUUGCCUACGCAAGAAUUGAAGGAGAUCGCGUUGUUUGCGCUGCCUACUCUCAUGAAUUGCCAAACUAUGGUGUUAAGGUUGGUUUAACCAAUUACGCCGCAGCCUACUGCACUGGAUUGUUGGUAGCUCGUCGUAUCCUUAACAAAUUGGGCUUGGAAUCGCUGUAUGGUGGUUGCACUGAAGUCACCGGCGAAGAGUACAACGUUGAGCCCGUCGACGAUGGCCCAGGAGCAUUCCGUUGCUACUUGGAUGUCGGUUUAAGCCGCACCACCACUGGCGCCCGUGUCUUCGGUGCCAUGAAGGGAGCUGUCGAUGGUGGUUUGAACAUUCCCCAUUCCGUCAAGCGUUUCCCCGGUUACUCGGCUGAGACCAAGAGCUUCAAUGCUGACAUUCAUCGUGCCCAUAUCUUCGGUCAGCACGUUGCCGAUUACAUGCGCACUUUGGAAGAGGAGGACGAGGAGGGAUUCAAACGCCAAUUCAGCCGAUACAUUAAUUUGGGUAUCCGUGCUGACGACCUUGAAGAAAUCUACAAAAAAGCCCACUCUGCUAUCCGCGCUGACCCAACACACAAGAAGGUCAAGAAGACUGGCAUCACCAAGAAGAGGUGGAACGCCAAGAAACUUACCAACGAACAACGUAAGGUCAAGGUUGCCGAACACAAGGCUGCCUACGUUGCCAAGCUCAAGUCUGAAGCUGAGGCUUAAGUUAGUGCGAAUUGAUUGUUUGAGUGGAAGCUCUUUAGAAUUUUCCAUCACUUAUUCUAAAAUGAACACAAGAAAAUAAAAAAUAUAUAAAAUAUGAAAUGACAAAUUCAUAAUAAGGAUUUGACACUAGAAUUUUUAUAAA